CGUUAUCACAUCUCAACACGUGCUUUUUACUUUUUUUUUGUAAAGUUUUGAAAGUUAUAGCUUUUAAAUUGCUAAAUGCUUUUGAUUUUUCGAAAUAGAGAUUUCAUUGUUUCCAUCAACGGCAUCAGCUCCUAUCAUCGGUUCUACUGCAAGUUCUAUUCGAAAUUUUCUGUGCAUUUUUCAACAUUUUUGGGUUCCGGAGAACUUUAUUAUUUUUUUCAAAACUCCCAAGAAAUGAUUUAAAGAUUCAGUCGAACAUGAGUGUCUUCGCGAGCAAAUUCAAUCCUAUUAGUGGGAAAGUUGAAUGGAUUCAGAUGGAUGAUGCAUUCGAUUACAGUCAACAAAUCGCUAGAUCGGCGUAUGCCGAUAUGCUACAUGACACUGAUCGAAACCGUAAGUAUUACGACGCUUUGAAAAUUAGUAUCGACAAAGUCCAUGCAUCUGGGAAGAAAGCUUACGUCUUGGAUAUCGGCACCGGUACCGGUAUUUUAUCGAUGAUGGCAGCACGCUGUGGUGCUGAUGCAGUUUUUGCAUGUGAAUUUUUCAAACCGAUGAGUGCUUGUGCGGAAAAAAUCAUUGCUCUGAAUGGAUUUAAAGAUAAAAUCAAAGUCAUACAUAAAGGAUCAACCCAAUUGACUGUAGGAGAAAAUGGUGAUUUGCCUCAUCGAGCUAAUAUUUUAGUAACAGAAGUAUUUGACACUGAACUAAUUGGAGAAGGAGCGGUUAAAACGUUUACUCAUGCUCAGCAAGAGCUUUUAGAAGAUAACCCGAUUGUUAUACCUUCCGUGGGUCGAGUUUAUGCGGCGGUUUUCGAAAGUGAUUUAGUCAAUAGGUUCAACAAAUUACAUGACUUGUAUGUUGACGAUAAAGCGGAGUCUCAUUUAAGAAUCCCCGAAUUGAUCAAAAACUGUAUGGGUUCUCCUGCUGUGCAUGAUAUUCAGCUCAGUCUUCUACCAACAUCAUCAUUCCGUUUGAUUUCACAGCCUGUGAUGGUUUUAAACUUCGAUUGGACCGGCGGUAUACCCAUACUGAAAAAUGAAACAAAAUUUCAUAAACUUGUAGCAGAACACGAUGGUACCGCUCAUGGUGUAUUUAUGUGGUGGGAUUUAAUCAUGGAUCCUGAUGGAAAAAUCACUUUAACUUGUGCCCCUAGUUGGGCUUGUAGUAAUCAAGAAGAUUAUGCGUGGAGAGAUCACUGGAUGCAAGCUGUCUACUACUUACCUCGUAACGUACACUUGAAAACUAAUCAAGAAUAUACGCUUGUUACCAAUCACGACGAGUUUUCCCUUUGGUUUGAUUUACAUUGUGAUAAAGUUAAUAACGUUAAGUACGAAAUGCCUGGUUGCGAUUGUGGAUUACAUUUAACUUCUAGAAUGCGUGUUGGUAUGAUAAAUGACGUCGAUAGGCAUCGUAAAUUUUCCAAAGUUUUAUCAGAACUAGUUUCCAACGAUUCAGUCGUAUUAAAUCUCAGCGAAUGUAGCUUUUUAGGACACUAUAUAGCGCUCUUGGGAGCGAAAAAAGUAUAUUGCUUAGAAAGUAAUCACUUAUUUCAAAACGUUCUAGAGAACGUUGCAAAGUACAAUAAUAUUUACGACAAAGUGAAAUGGAUCUCAUCGGCUGAAGAUAUUGAAAAAGAAAUAAAUCAAGCUUGCGAUAAAGUAUCCUUGAUUGUCGCUGAACCGUAUUUCUCUUCAGCAGUACUACCUUGGCAUAAUCUUCAAUUCUGGUAUACGAAACAAAGUAUAUCAAAUAUUCUUUCAAGUAAUGCCAAAAUUAUUCCUAGCGUAGUAGAAUUUUAUCUUAUGCCUGUGCAAUUUGAACAUUUAUGGAAAAUACGAGCUCCUAUCCGUAGCGUUGAAGGAUUCAGCCUAGAACCAUUUGACGAAAUUAUACAGGAAGCAAUUACGAUUAGCGAUGAUGUAAUUGAUUCUCAGCCGUUGUGGGAAUACACUACUGUAGCUUUAGCCAAACCUAGAAAGUUUUUAACUCUGAAUUUGAACGAUGAAGUCAAACCAACUAGUAUCACUGUCGAUGAAAAAAUACAAUUUGAAACUGACGCAACAUGUAACGGAGUCGUGUUAUGGGUAAAAUGGAUUCUGUCAGAUGAUGUGUCGAUCAGUACAGGUCCUGUACAAGAUGUAACCGUAGGUGAAAAAGUAGUCUGGGAUAUGUAUUCGAAACAAGGGAUAUAUUUUUUCAAACAUAUAGAAAAUAUUUCUUCGAGAAAUCAACUGCUUUGUAACAUUAAAUUUCAUAUUGAACAUGCCAUGUUUGAAUAUAAUUUUAAAAUCAUGUAGAGUAAGUGUGAAUUAUGUGACCAUAUUUGUGUUAAUUAAAUGUCUUCAUAAAUGAA